UUCUAUAAUCAAUAAGAGAAGGUAGAAAUGUCGGGUUGGAAGACAUACAGACGGUAAGGAUGCUUGGACAAUUCUUAAAUUACAAUGAGGACUCAAGGUAGGUGGGAUCGCAUGCAAUGGCAGUUGGAUCCAUACAAAUGGUAUUUACAAGUCAACCCGUCAUCAAGAUAUGAAAGACGUCAUUACAACAAGGAUUGUUUUGUGUUUUUACCUCAAAGAUAUGAAAGGAAAUUCUUCUCGAAUAUAAUGAAACUGUUAUCGAAGGAAGGCACGUUUGGUUGUUUGAUUUUGUUAGUGAUAUGUUUUACAAUUUACAUGCAUACAUCUUUGCUUGACAACUCUCAACCCGAUUAUAUCCCCGUUCCAAUGUUUACGUUUACCCGAGUCAACUAUUCUGAAAAAGGAAAUGUUAUGGUGGCCAUCAUCAUGCACCAACCAUCUAAAUAUCUAAAAACAACAUUGAUCUCGUUGAAUCAUUCAAAUCAUGCUGCUGAUAUUUUUAUUUUUCGGAAUUACUCGAGGGAUCCUAUACAGAAAGAUGUCUUGCAAUGGUGUCCGACUGCAAAUGUUAUUUCAGAUAAAGGACGGACACAUUCAAUGGAUAUAGCGCAGUUUGUAAUGGAGCAUUUUAUUUCUUCAAAAUAUGAUGUUUUAGUAUAUAUCAAUUCAUAUUCUGUUCUUUUCAUUGAUUGGUGGGAUACUUUAAAGGAUUGUUUGACUCAGUCACGUGGAUUUGUUUCGCUAUACGCGAUAGAACGAAACGCGGAGCAUGCCGAUAAGUGCAAUGAUCUAUUAUGUUGCCAGGCAUGGAUGGGAAUGGUGGGAUCGGUAUGGAGGCGAAAUUUAGCUGAACGAGUCAUGUCUGAAACCUUUCAAGUACAAGGUAAUCUUCACUACAAAAUGGAAUUCUGGUGUAGAAUGUUCAGUAUUCCUUUGCAGACAGUUAAAAAUUCAGUGAUAGCCGUCAUUGACAGUGAAAAACGAAACUACGAUUUAAUAUCACAUAAAAUUUCUACCCGGCAACGGAUGCAGCAACAUGUGACUGCUGUUAAGAUAAGGGCAGAUUUUCUAACAAAUCGUUCCAAAGCAAUACAAAAGAAAAUGCUACCGUUAGAAAAUCUAGCUAUAUCAAAUACCACAUAUAAAGCACCAGAGUGCAUCGCGGCAGUACUUCGAGUGCACAUUUUUCGAAAAGAGAGAUCAAUUCUGACUGCAUAUGAAAUCGAACAAUGGAUACGUUACAUGCAGCAUGCUGGAGUAAAUAUUGUAUAUUUGUAUGACGCAUAUCAAAAUAAAGACGAAAAGCUGGAGAUGUGGGUCAAGCAGGUUUUUGAUCCCAACGAAGUCAUAUACCACGACUGGUACUUCAACAAUACGUUUCCAGUUCAAGAAUCCCGCUUGUUGGCUUAUCAGCAUGCAAUUGACCAUUAUAAAGAUGUUUGUGAAUGGCACAUGCGCAUGGAUAUGAAUGAGUAUCCUUUUAUUACAACUGAUACUGAGAAAGGUUUCCUCAAGCGUCUGUUAAACAGAGUAAAUAUAUUAAAGCCAAAUUCUACAGAAAUAUUAUUUCCUGUUUUUCAGUUUUCCGGAAAUCUAACGCAGGAACAAUGGUUAAUUGGGCGGUUUCAAUAUAGAUAUGCAAAUCAUAGCGGAAAGGUAAGGCCAUUGUAUAAGGCAAAAUGUGUAAAAACAGCGCGACAAAAUAAUAAUGAAUUAGAGAAAGGAAACACUGAACGCUUAGACCCAAAACUAGCCAGAAUUAAUUGGUACUUGGAUGUAAGUACGAAUAUGAAUACUACCUACACAACAGAACCUUUGGACGAGAUUAUACCUGAUUCGAGUAUUUUUCCCUUGCUUCAGCAUCUGAAACAAGAUAUAUUAAUAUCAAACAAGAUGCCGUUGUACGUUACGAAUCAGUUUUGGGAUUCUAUGAAUUGAGGCGCCGUUUGGUUGUGUAGGUGUGUAUUCGUGACAGUCGUAAGCCGUUUUGGUUACAUAGGAUAGUUCAGGAAAGUUUCCUUAAACUGGUCUAUACAGUGUCUAAUCCUGAUUUACUCCUGUUUUGCUUGAUCUGAAUAGAUUACCUACAUGUGGUACACUUUUUAUUUUGUCUGUCAUUAUGUGCCAUAGUAACACAUGCGAGGAAAGAAAACAUCAACGAUAAGACAAGACUGCAUUUGGCAACUUAUAAAAUGAAAAAUGAACUCCAUAAAACAUUACGGAGGAGGGCGGACAAAUGUCUGCACCGACAACACUUUAGAAACGAACACAGAAGGUUCUUACAAAAAAAAUAUAACAAACCAAACAAUGGACAAUAUAUUUUGAAGAUAAUAAGUAAUGCCAUGCUCCUAUACAUUUGAGAUUGCUUAAUCAAUUCUUCGAUUUUUUGCAAUACUGUGCAACCACUUUAAAGCAACAUCGACAUGAAAUAUGAUUACUGAACAUGUGUAUUUAGGUUGCUGUUAAGAAGAGGUUGAUCGACUACGAUUUUUCUAGUUUUGAAAUAUGGAACUUUCUUCUCAGGCAUGAAAAUAUUCCCAACCUUACGUGGACAGUCAAGAGAAUCGGGAUACCCUAAACAUUCAAAUGAUUGGGAUUGGAAAUCUAUCUACCGACUCAUUGAUGCAAUUUUAGUAAGAAUCGGGAAUAUAACGGACCUGCCUCUCAGAGAUUUCCUGCUUUAUUUUAACAAGUAUUUUAUAGAGAAGAGAUAUUACACAGUUAUUGACUUAUGUUUCGGUCAAUAUGUCUUUUUACGGACCUGUAAAAAUGAUAUUGACUGAGGACGCAGUCCGAGGUCAAUAUCAUCUUUACAGGUCCGUAAAAACAUAUAUUGACCGAAACAUAAGUCUAUAAUUGUUAUAUUAUAUGCACUUCUCAAAUGCACUCAUCUGACUGGCCCAUAUUUCAUACACAUAAGAAAAGUGAUAUCACAAGAGUCAUUAUCACUUUUGCGGGUCAAUAUCGGGUUUUGCGGACCCGCGCGUGCACUCCUUUCGGCCAAUAAAAUGAGCGCAUUUGAGAAGGGUAUAUAAUAUUACCUUUUAUCUAAUUUAUAAUGAAGUUUUAUUUUCUUAAAUGCUGUAAUUAGAAAUACUAGUAUAUAGACCGUAAGGGAAACUAGGGGGACAAUUGGUCAGUAAGGUAAGGGCCACUUUCACAAAUGACGAUUGGCUCAGUGUUGCUUAAUUCUGUCAAAAUUCAAAUAAGAAUUGUGGGGAUUGAUUCUCCUGGUGUAGACUUUGAUGGUAAAUAAGUAUUUUAAAUUCCAAGUCAAAAGCUUUGAUAGUAACAGAGAUAUUUGACUUUAACAAAAACUUUAACCAAAAAUUCUAAGUUAAAAAGGAGCAUAUUUCUGUCAAAAUUCAAACCAGAGUUAUGGGAAUUGUGUCUCCUGGUGUAGACUUUGCUAAUAAAUAAUUAUUUUGAGUUUCAAGUCAACAGCUUUAAUAGUAACAGAGAUAUUUGACUUUAUCCAAAAAAGAUAUCUAAGUUAAAAAGGGGCAUAAUUCUGUCAAAAUUCAAAUCAGAGUUAUGGGGAUUAUUUCUCCUGGUGUAGACUUUGAUGGUAAAUAAGUAUUUUAAGUUUCAAGUCAGUAGCUUUGAUAGUAACAGAGAUAUUUGACUUUAUCAAAAACUUUAACCAAAAAAUUCUAAGUUAAAAAGGGGCAUAAUUCUGUCAAAAUACAAAUCAGAGUUAUGGGGAUUGUUUCUCCUGGUGUAGACUUUGAUAGUAAAUAAAUACUUUAAGUUUCAAAUCAAUAGCUUUGAUAGUAACAGAAAUAUUUGACUUUAUUAAAAACUUUAACCAACGGCGACGCCGACGCCGACACCGGACGAGUGCAAUAGCUUUACCUUUUCUUCGAAAAGUCGAACUAAAAAGGUGUUAGAGUGCAUUUAUUUCGAAACAUUAUUUUUAAAGGGAAUAUCAGUAAGUUAACACAGCUAUAAAAUUAGUAAUCUCACUUAUACGAAUUCGUUCGAAUUACCAUUAGUAUUGCUUAUGCGUAUUUUGCAGCUAUAUAAUAUCACACCCUAUAAACGACUGCAUUUCCCCUCUUCCUCUUGCGAGUGAUCAAAACAAUAAACUGACAUCUAAACGUUGAAAAACAGCAUUUUAAAGUCACUGAUUUGCUUUAAAGGUAUAUAUAUUAACAUUUUAUUUGAACCUGAACAUGACUUGUUUCUGUAUAUAAUGUGCUAGUCUGAUGACAGGUAGAAUUAUAGCAAAAAACUCGAUUGAUCACUGAUUUUGUCGAGAAAUUAUACAUUGCCAGCGUCAAAAGUACUUAUUUUCUUGCUUGAAGAAUGACCUAUAUGUAAAUUCCACUGUUUCAUGGAUAAAGAAACAAAACUAGUUUGGUAAAAUGAAAUAAAACCAUUGAUAAAUACUCGAAUUUGUUUAUAACCGUAAAGGAAAGAAAAUUCAAUGCUUUUUUCCUGACUGUAUGCAUGCUUGCUUAAUUUCUGUAAAAAUUUGCUUGUGAGUUUGGUAUAAAGACUGUAUGCCUGUUUGUGAGUGACUUCUUUA